AUGUCUCACACCGAGCUCAACAGCAAGGCCGAAUUCGACCAGGCUCUCGCCACCCAGGGCAAGUACGUCCUCAUCUACGCCUACGAGGGCUCCGUCAACCCAAAGGCCGAUGAGUACGCCGCCAAGUUCGCCUCCACCACCGCUGCCUACAAGGUCGAUGUCUCCAAGCACGAGGCUGCCAAGUCCUACUUCAACGUGACCAAGGUCCCAACCAUCGUUAUCUUCAAGGACGGCAAGGAGGUCAAGAAGGUCGAGGGCGCCGACGAGGCCGGCUUCGAGGAGGCUGCCAGCAUCCUCUCUUAA